AUGCUGAUUAACUGUGGGCCCCUGUCUGAAUUCGUUCAGGCGCGGUAUGUGAUCCAUCUCUCGACAGGGAAGCGGCUGGUGCUGUUCCGCCUGCCGUCAAUCGACCCGUCUGGCUCAAAACCCAACGAGACAGGGGGAUGGUCGUACUACGCGAUGGAAGCGGAGUGCCCCCACGCGGGAGGCCCGAUGCAAGAUUCCCACGUUGAUAUUGAAGACUCAGCGUACGUCGUGUCUUGUCCGUGGCACGCCUAUGAUUUCAACGUGGAGACGGGAGAGUCGAGCGUGGGUAUCAAAGCGUGCACGUUCCCCGUGAAUGUUCGCGAUGGAUCCGUCACUCUUGAUUACCCAGUUGAUGAUGGAGUCAGUGUCACGCUUGAAAAGAUUGAACCUGUCAGCGAAAAAGUCAAAUUGAAGCAUGCGCGACCAUCAGAUAAGUCAGCGCCUACUCGGGCGGAUCCUGGCAUGGCACACUAUCUCGAUGACCAGGCGACCUUGUGUGAUUGGGCUGUUCAUAUUCUCAACACCGCUAACCCAGAGCACAAGGUCGAGUUGACUACCCACCUAUUUUCCAUUUUUAGUGAGAGGGAGCGUACCGACUCGCCCAUGGAAAUUGGAAGGGGUACUAUCGCCGCCCCCGAUCAACCUCCUCGCGAGAAAAUGAAGACUUUGGAGCCUGGAAAGAUGCCACGCGCUGGAAAUGGAGGAAGCGUCAGAAGUCGGAUUGCAAUGCUCCACGCCCUGGCGAAUAUCGAACUCUGGGCUAUCGACUUGGCAAUCGACAUCUGUGUACGAUUCUCAACGUUCCACGCUGAGAGAACCUCUCAGGAGCUACCGCGAGCAUAUUUCCACGACUGGUUGAAAGUCGCCAGUGACGAAGCGAAACAUUUUUCCCUGCUACGCACACGAAUGGAAGAAAUGGGUUCUCAUUUCGGUGCCCUACCAGUCCACCAUGGUCUCUGGGAAUCCGCCAUAGAAACCGCACACGACCUUCGCUCCCGAAUCAGCAUCAUCGCUCUGGUCCAUGAAGCCCGGGGUCUAGACGUCAACCCAAUGACUAUCCAGAAGUUCCGCAACGCCGGCGAUGCAGAGAGUGUUACUGCCCUCGAGAUUAUCCAUAACGACGAAAUCACGCACGUCACCACGGGCCAUCGAUGGCUCACCUGGAUCUGUGAUCAAGAAGGCACAGACCCAGUCCAAGUCUUCCGCAACAACGUUUCGAAACACUUCCGAGGCAUUCUCCGAGGACCUUUUAACGAGGAAGCCCGCUUGCAAGCUGGCAUGGACAAGCGCUACUAUGGGACCACGCCGGAAAUAGCAGCUGCAUAA